GUACAUGUGAUUUUGUCUAAGCCUUAUAAUUUGAACUAGUUUUAGGGCGACGCUGAAAAGUAUUCGCUUUUACAUAUUCUUUUAUUAAUAUUUCGGAAGAAGAUGGGUACCGAAAAGUUAGUUGAUUGUUUUGAAAAUUUUUUGAAACAAGAUCCAUCUUUAUCGGCUGCUGUUGCUGCAUUACAUACAUUAAUGACGGUGAUGGAAGAAGAUACGUCAGAAACGGUAACAGGCUUGCGAGAAAAUCUAGUGAAAGCUAAUGACACGUUAAUAAAAUUCUCCCAAGUGUCCUCGAGUAUUUCUAUACGUUCUGCCUUCGAGCUGUUUCUUCGUUUUAUAACGCUCACUGUUUUAGAUCACAAGGACUUUAGGGAAUGUAAAGAGGUUCUUUCUAACAGAGGAAAGCAGUUUCUUGAGAAGUUAGGUUUCGCAAGGCCCAAAAUCGCAAAGCUGGGCCAUCCUUUUAUAUUAGAUGGUUCAAUUAUCCUUACCCAUUCAUAUUCUCGUGUUGUACUUGAUACUUUAUUAGAAGCUGCUAAGGCAAAAAAGAGGUUUCAAGUGUAUGUGACAGAAUCUUGUCCUGACAAUGCUGGACAUAAAAUGUGUGAGCAGCUAGGAAAGAAAGGUAUAGUUUGUACAGUAAUUUUGGACGCUGCAAUUGGAUAUAUAAUGGAGAAAGUUGAUGUUGUACUUGUCGGUGCAGAAGGAGUUGUUGAAAGUGGUGGGAUCAUCAAUAAAAUUGGUACCUACCCCAUGGCUGUUUGUGCAAGAGAAAUAAACAAACCAUUCUAUGUGUUAGCAGAAAGCUUUAAAUUUGUACGUUUAUAUCCACUCAAUCAAGAAGAUAUACCAAACAACUUUAAAUAUUUAUUAAGUGAGUCUCAAAUCCCUGAGGAUAUCAAUCAGACAAACCACCCAUUUGUUGAUUACACUCCACCCUCCUACAUAAGCUUAUUGUUUACUGAUUUAGGGGUGCUUACACCUUCUGCUGUAAGUGAUGAACUCAUCAAGUUGUAUUUGUAGAGCAAUCAUUACUGUAAAAUAUUGUUUUGAUAAGAUCAUUGAAAAAAAUAUUUGUAAUACCAACUGUACAGCAAUUCUCAUUUUAAAAUAGUUCAAUUAUUUAAGAAAUGGAAUAGUACUUUGUGCAUGAUGAGGAGCAGUUUAAAUGUAAAAGUUUUGUAUUUAAUCAUUAGAUAAAAAUGCUGAAAGUGAAAAAAGUACACAAGUUAUAAAUAGAAAAGUUAACAGUUUUGAAUAUUAACUUUUUUCUGAGAGUAUUGCCUUUUGUUGCUUGGAAAAUAUCUAUUGAUUGGUAUUGUGUAUAUGAAUAAGUAAAGAGAGAGAGACAGAAAGGGCAGGGACUGGCAUACUCUGGUGGUUAGGAUGUUAGACUUGCAAUCUUCAGGUCACAAGCUCGAAUACCAUCACCAAACAUGCUUUCCCAUUCAGUUGGUAGCUUUAUAAUGUGAUGGUUAAUCCACUUAUUCAUUGGUAAAAAAGUAGCUCAAGAGUUAGCAGUGGGUGAUGUUGACUAGUUGCCUUCCCUCUAGUCUAUCACUAAUAAAUUAAGAACAGAUAGCUUUUGUGUACUUUUGUGCAAAAUUCAAAACAAACCAAACAGAGAGGGCAUCAAUAAGAUAAAUAAAAAAAAGUUUAAGGCUUGCUCUUCAUAAAAAGAAGAAAAACUUAAACUUUGGUAAACAUUCAUGAAAAGUCAAUCAAAAUUCUAACUCAUUUCAUGUUCCUAACAGAAUUAAAGAAAAAGAUAUGGUAGUUUAAUAAACCAAAUUUUUGUUUUCAUUAUCAUAGUUUAUUGUCUCCUUGUUUGAGACUUCAGUUAAGCCUUUUUUUUCUUUUUUUUUAAAUAUUACACUUAAUUUUGGGCCCCUUAUCUGAUGGAUGUAGACAUGCUGGUGAAAGUGCAGAGAACGAUACAGGAUUUCAGAAAGUUGAACUAUUUAACAGGUUUAAAGCUUAAAUUUUAUUUUUAAUGAAGUUUACAACAACUAAAGUCUAUUUGGUUCAAGUACUGAAAAUGUUGGGAGCUAAGAGAAACUGCCUAAUAGUAGGCAUGUUUGAGUUGUGGAAAUUAUAAAAUUAUAAGUGUUCAAGAUCAGGACUUAAAAUAGAAGUAACAAAAAUGAAGAAACUUUAAAAGUUUUAAGUAUAGUUUUGUAGUUAUGUGUAUUGUUUCUCUAUUUGACAUAUAAGUAUAUGAAUUAGCUUGCUGAUAUUGAUGUACUAUUUGUUUAACUUUUCAAUCAAUCAUUUCUAACAUAUGUAUUUACCUUUUUUAAUAUAAAGAGAUGAUCUUAAUGAGC